UUAAAAAAAAAAAGAAAAAAGAAAAAAGGAAAAGAAACCCUAGAAGCUGAAGCGGAAACGCCCCCUCCCUGUUUCUAAAAUUUUCUCUUCGAACCUAGAAAGAAUCUGACCGUCGAUCUCUUUAACCAACGGCUCCCGUCAGUCGGCGACCGCUUUUUCCCCUUCUUUCCGCCCCCACUUUCAGUGGUUUUUAUCAUAAACCCUAGCCGUCUUCUCUCUCUCUUCUGCUCUGUCAGUUUGCAUGAAACUCUCUCACUCGCAGCGAUUCUCGAUCAUUCUUUCGGAUCCAAUCUCUGAAGUUUCUUUUUGGGUUCUCCAUCGUUCUCUUUUUCUUACAUCUUUUUUCGGGUUUUUCAUGGCCUCCGUAAAUGGAUCUUUGAGGAUUUUGUUUUUCCUUUUUUCUUGUGUUUUCGUCUAGAUUAUUGCGGCGAAAGUGUGCGAUUCGCUGAUGGUUUUUGUUUCUCUUACUGCUGCAUGUCCCUGUUUGUUUCUGUUCUUUGAUUUUAAGUUUUCCCCCUCGAAUUCUUUGGCGCCAAGUUUCCGUUUCGAGUUCGGCUUAGAUUGCGUUUGAAGAUUCCGGGUCGUCGUGUAGACAGACACUGGUUUCUCACUUCCAUCAUUCCUGAUUAUGGAUGCGUGUUGAGUUCUGGCGGUUCUACUCCAAGGCCGCCGGGUCCGAUACCGGUCCGAGUUAGGUGCUGAGUCAAUUCGGAGAGCGACUCGGUGAGUCGGGGACAGAAGGUCGAGUGUCGAGUGGUGCCAAUUCUUCAUAACCGUACGGCAAUGCCGUCGGUGGGGAUGAGAAGGACGAGAGUUUUCGGUGUGGUAAAGGGUGUAGAUGGAGCUAGAGUUUUGAGGUCUGGAAGGCGUCUAUGGCCCGAAUCGGGUGAGGUGAAGCUUAAGAAAUCCAAAGAUGCCAGUGACUGGUACCCUGUUAUUGAGAACAGAGGAAAUGGGGGUGGAAGUGGCCAGGUUAGGCUCCAUGGUAAGUGGACUCAAGUUCGUAAUGUCAACCCGAAGCGGGUUGUCGUCGUUGACAUUCAUGAGGAGGAUGAUACUUGCGUAGCUGAUGUGCCUAAACCUGUAAAAGUUGUUGCUAGGAAUGGUGGUGAUGGUGAGUCUGGGGUUGUGGAUAGGAUGUUUGGGAAAGUGUACAGAAGAAAGAGGAAGAGGGGUCUUUCAGAGAAUCGCGUUAUUUUCGAUGAAACGGAGGGAGAGAAUGGUUUGGCAGGAGAUAGAAUGUUUGGACUCCGUUUCAUUAGAAGACAGAGAACGAGGAAGACUAACGAUGGAAAUUGGGAGCCUACUGCAGGUGGUCGUUUUAGAGUGCACUUUUCUAGGCAAAGUACUUUGCAGCUGACCCGGGAUCGGGUUCUAACUAUUUUUUCUGGGAGUAGUCAUGAUGGUGGCUGUUUCUCAGAUUUUAUGCUCUCGAUUCUUAGACACCUGAAGAGUCCACUGCUGAGGGUGGCUAAGCUUUCUGAAUUUUUGUUAUCCGAUCCAAUCUGUGGAGUUUUUGCUUCAAAGGGAAUUCGGUUCUUGCAGGGUUAUCCUCCUACUGGAAGCUCUGGCAUUUGUGUGAUUUUUGGGGCCACGCAGUCUAUGCCAAUGUUCCAUUUAGAUUUUUCCGCCAUUCCUCUCUAUUUUAUGUACUUGCAUUCAAGGAUGUUUCUUAGAGCAACUUGGAUUCAGGCUCGUCUUGUAUAUAAUAACAAGCAGUUAGAUGUAGAUAUGAGUAGUGAUAGUGAAGAAGACAGCAUUGAAGAGCAACAUGUUCCCAGUCCUCCUGGAAGAAGUUCUUUGGAGUGCAAAACCGUGACAUUUGCAGUAGAUCAUCCUAAGAGCCGACCCAUUUUACAUCCAUCUGUUAGAGCUUCAAGGUUAGGUGGUCGGAACAUGCAAUACAGAAACAGUUUCAGUUCUCGUGGUGUGCGUAAAAGGAGGAGUUCGCUGAGGAUGAGGAGGCCUAGAAACUCUUCUCUUGCUGCUAUGCAAAAAGCAUCAGAAUCAGUUCAUGAUACCAAACGCAGUGUAUCCUUUUCUUCUGCAGCAUCUUAUAACAAGAACAAGUACUUAGCCCUGAGAGAUUCUGCUGGGCGCAUCAGAGAAGGGAGUUCUACUGCAUUGAGAUCAGCAAUGGUUGUUGACCCAUCAUGCUGCAAUGCAAAUAUAUUAAUUGUGGAAUCUGAUAAAUGUUUGAGAGAAGAGGGAGCCAAUAUUGUGUUAGAGUUUUCUGCAUCGUGUGAAUGGCUUCUAGUGGUCAAGAAAGAUGGUUCAGCUAGAUACACCCACAAAGCAGAAAAAGUUAUGAAGCCCUCUUCUUGCAAUCGUUUUACGCAUGCAAUAAUUUGGUCCACGGAUAGUGGUUGGAAGCUAGAGUUUCCAAAUCGAAGGGAUUGGUUUAUUUUCAAGGAUCUCUACAAGAAAUGUUCUGAUCGCAAUAUCCCAUGUUCUACUGCUAAAGCUAUUCCUGUGCCCAGGGUGUGUGAAGUUCCAGGUUAUGUGGAUAGUAGUUGUGCUUCUUUUCAAAGGCCAGAUAUGUACAUCUCUAUACAUGAUGAUGAGGUAUUUAGAGCCUUGGCAAAGACAACCGCAAACUAUGACAUGGACUCUGACGACGAGGAAUGGUUAAGCAAGUCUAACGACGAGCUUAUUGUGACAGACAAGCAUCAAGAAUGUAUUUCAGUGGAUAACUUUGAGUUGAUGAUCGAUGCCUUUGAGAAGGGACUUUAUUGUAAUCCUGAUGCCUUCCCUGAUGAGAAAGCUCCUGCUGAAAUAUGCACGCAUCUUGGUAACCGUCAAAUGGUUGAGUCUGUAUUUACUUAUUGGAUGAAGAAACGAAGACAGAAGAAAUCAUCCUUGGUUAGGGUUUUCCAGGCUCAUCAGGCUAAGAGGAAACCUCUGGUGGUCCCUAAACCUAUCAUGCGAAGAAGGAGAUCAUUCAAAAGAAAGCCUAGCCAAAUUGGGAGAGCUACACACUCAAAUCUUUUGGAAGCCAUAGUUUUGAGGCGAGAUGCUGAGGAGGACCAGAAUGCCGUGGCAAAAUACCAAGAAGCGAAGGCAACGGCGGAGAAAGCCUUUGAAUGUGCUGUGGGGAAGCGGCAGAGGGCACAGUUGCUGUUGGAGAAUGCAGAUUUGGCAGCUUACAAAGCCAUGAUGGCACUGAGGAUUGCCGAAGCAAUUCAAGCAUCAGAAAUAUUGCCGGAUGCCGAAGCUGAAUCUGAAGCUGCUGCUGCUGCAUCUUUUUUUCUCGAGUGAUUUUGUUUUCGGGAAGUGGCGGGAUUCAUUCACGGCUGUUUUCUUUUGAGAGUCCCCAAUUGUUUUAAUUAUUAUUGUAUAGUAUUUCAUUAAUGUGUACAUUCUAUUUUGUAUGAUUAGAAUCUCUCACACCCAUAAUGUACAAUGAGACGUCCUAAUUCUUCCUAGGUUCAAAAAUAUACGACUUAAGUUAGUAUAUCAA